AUGGAUGAUGUCGCAGUGGAUGUUGAUGUGGAUGCGGCAUCGAUUCACUGGCAAUCGAUGCACUCAUAUGUGAACUUUGUCGCAGUGGAGCAGAUUUCCUUCGGCCUGGCGGUUUUCCAAUGCUGGUCAUUUCUUCUACUAUGGCGAAAGCAGCACUGCUGGCAUCAGAAGCUGCGAGAGGACGAGCGCGAGGUGCAGACUGCAUGGCUGGAAGCGCAGGAAGCUCAGGUGGAGCAGCAGAUAGAAGAGCAACAACUUCAACAGCGUGUAGUCGACCUGGAGACGGUUCUUCAAGCCCGGCAUGACUGGAUGGCACGGUAUGAGGAGCAGCAGGCAGAUCGCUUCAUCCGGCUCCGGCGGCAUUGCCUGUUAACAGCAUGCAUCUCCGGUCAGCAAUUGUUGAAGAUGUGGGUCUGGUCCCUCUGGCGCUUCGCACUCCUUCCUCGCAGCCGCCAGCUCCCUUUGGCCCAACGUCUGGAGUCCAGAUACCGGGCCAUGGCUCUUCUCGAUGCUUGGGCUGCCUGGGUGGCACUGCAGCAGCGCCGGCAUCAAACCCAGGGCAGGCUUCAAGAAAUGGCCGACCACCCGCGCGCGUGGGCUUCAGACCUGCUACACAGCUGCCUCUGGCAGGAGCGUACGCGGGUGCUCUGGUCCGUGGUUUCUGCCUGGCGGCUCUUCACCGACUUCCGUGUCGCGCUGGGCAAAGAUGCCGCUUUCCGAGUCGGCCUCCGUGGGAACAACUUCCUCCCAGUCGCGACGGAGUCGUCACCCGGACCACUCCGGCCUGACCCAGGGCUCUUGGAGGGCCUCGAGGACUUGCUGGAGGAUGCGAACAGCGUGAUGCAGGAGUCUUUGCUGUUGCCAUGGAAGCCUUUCCUGUCUGCUGUGAUGCAGCUAUGGCGCACAGUAGCACGAAAUGCUUCACCAACAAGGUCUUUCGUCCCUCACAGCAGACUGCAGCAGACUGGCGUGGAAAAUCGCGCCCAGAGAUCGGAGAAGCUUGUGCAGCGCUUGCUGCAACAGAUUGAUCGAGCUCUUUUAGUUGUGGUAAUCUGCGCCUGGAAGCUCCAGGCAGAGUCUCGACAAGGGGGCUUUCCGCUGCAGACACCGUCCACGCCCUGCUUCGAGCAUUGGCAGCGCCCGCUUCCGUGA